CAAUCGAGGUAAAAUUAGUAAAAAACUUAAAAUUAGAACUAUUUACAAAAUUAUUAUUAUUAGAUAUGUAGUUUUUGUUAUGAUCGACAGUCUCGCCUUGAUACACGAAUUAAGGAAACAAAGCAACUUUAUUGGCAUGUGCAUAUCUAAAUGAAGAAGUGACAAACUAAUAAAUACCAAAAUGCUUUAAUACAAGCAAUAAUAAAAAUUACGCAAGUUUAGAUCGAAACUAUAAACUGAGGAGACUUGAGGCUAUGGUUUAUAAUUGGCAAAGGGUUAGUCAUUUCAUUGCAGUAUAGUUGCACAUUCGGCAGGGUGUUGUAAAGUCAUUUAAAUUUUGAAAGUCUCUCCACAGGCGUCUCCCUCCUUGCUUUUGGGAGUAAGGAAACGGACACAGUUAGUUAGCGCGUUAAGUGCAGUACCAUAAUGUUUACUAUUAUUAGUUAUUUAUUGUGCGUGGUAUAGUCCUGUGGUUUAGUUGUGGUUGAAAUAAAAUGGCUAAUUACUUCUACAUCUCAAUUUAUAAAAUACAAGACAAACAUGUAAGAUUGCUUCGAGUUGAAAAUUGCACAACUUAUUGCAAAAUUGAUGCUAUACCAGAAAAUAAAAACGAACGGCUCAUCUAACGUCGGGUUUAGUUUGAUUCGAAUUAUUAGGCGAAGAAGUUAUAGAUUAUUCGUCUCAUUGUGUCUGCCUCGGACGGACGGACGGACUUGACGAUUCCAUAAGUCAAGAAGUUAUUAAUACCGAAAUCAGGGCAUUAUUGUUGCAUAAAUCACUUCAUAUUAGUAAUAAGACGUCAAAAACUCUCGAGUUGUUCAGUACGUGUAAUUGAUAAGUGGGUCCUAAGUAAAUACGCAAUAUUGCACCUGGAUUGGAUUCAUACGUUAUUAUUCUGAUCCAUCAUUCUUAUAUAAAUUUCCUGAUAUCUAUUAGAUUGGUUGACAUUUUUCAGAUAAACGAGACACAUAAAUAUAAUACGCAAUACGUGCCACAUUUCUUACCGAAAUAUCUACGUAAUAACCUCCAAAACCGUAUCCUGCGAACUCUAAUUUGAUUAAUUGUCCAGGGUUAUUAUUAAGCCCUUCUCCAAAAAUAAGCUACAAGACUGUCUUGUCAAGACAUACCUGACUUACCUACCAAUUCUUUCAUUCAUAAAUAUUUGAUAUGCGUAUGAAACUCGAUUCAGGAAAACAGAAUUAUUAAACGGAAUGACAGAAAGUCACAAGUUCUUCGUUCCUUGCAAGGCUUCAAGAUGUGCGUCUCCUUCUCAAUGAGACACAUACAUAAAUUCCAAGGGUUAGCUAAUCAAAUAUGAAAAUGAGCCAUAGCGUCAUCACAUCACAAAGCCACAAUAAUAGAUAGUCACGUAUUGUUGUCUGGUCUGACACAAGUAAAGUAGGUCCAAACCAAAUGUGUCCAUCACUCAAGACGUGGUGACGACUGGGAUGACAGACUUGUAAAGUAAUCCAUCUCAAAAUCAAAUCUAAACGAGAGUGCUCUUACUCAACGUGAAGAUAACACAGUGAAACCAAACCAAAUAAGAUAAAGAAAGAUACAGCACGACUACGAAUAAGUUCUAGCCACGAAUAGCUCAUAACAAUUGUGUUGAUAUAUAAUCCGUGUCCCAGUUUUGGAUGUGUUUAGUCACUCCAAGAUUUACUCGGAGUGGUGCAUCGUCUAAUUUCCCAUGCAAAUCUCAACAAAACUUUCUCCUCUCCUAAGGAUUGGUCAGGGUCAAAUAAUAUUUUCUAGGAUAAAGUUUCCAUUAAAAAAAGGAAAUGGAACUUAAACAAUGGUGUUGUUUGUGUUGAUUAGAAGAAUUCAAAAAAUUAUUAUAAUUCAUAAUUCGUCACUAUGCACAAGUUGACACGGAUCCUGGAGGCGGUCGCCUUUUCGAUAAGGACAACUUUGGAAAUUGUUAUCUCCCUUCUUCUCACAUGUCUCAUCGGCCCCAUAUUUUUGACGGUGUGGUUCUUCAACGAGAUUGUCCGACUUAUCAUCUCCCUUAUCCUUUAUCUCAAGCAUGGGAGAAAGCUUACCCUCGUCCCUGAUGGAGCGGACAACAUUUGGCACUACAAAAAGGUCGGGAACAAUAGAAUGUGUGUCAUUGCCAUGUUUUCCGACGAUCCAAUACCACCACAAGAUUUGGACGCACAGAGGUUAAAGUUCCUUAAUCGCGUCAUCCGAAAACAGUUACCGUGUGGGCUCCGACCGUAUGAAAAGUUGACGAAAACAUUUACACGGAAAUUUGGGUAUGAUUGCUUCCGAGAGGAUGACUUUCGUAUUGAGGAUCACGUCCGAAUGUGGGAGGAGCCGUUACCUACCGGUAAUAAAAAUGGUGAUGAAUCUUCAAUGUUUUAUACGGAGGAUCAAUUUCUGGAAGACAUUCUUCCACGCUUGGCGGACGAUAUGGAUGACUCGAAACCUCAGUGGGAGGAAGUUAUCAUUCCUGCCGUGAAGUGUGUCGAUAGAGAUGAAAUGCAAUCCGUCCGCUGUUUCCGGUAUCAUCACAGUUAUAUGGACGGUGCGACGGCAAAUCUGAUGUUUUCUCAUUGUCUGUAUGACAAAUAUCCCGAAAAUUUCCCCCACGUUAUCGACACGAUGGGAAAGUUGAAGGUGCCCAAGGUCAAGUUGUUCCUAAUCAAAUCGAUCUGCGUCCUCAGCGCGGCUUUCACCUGUGUUAAAACCAUCUACAAGGCGGCCCGACUUAAGGGACGAUUCGUCACGAAAAGGUACAGCGGUCGGAGACAUUUUGCCUGGUCGGAUAAAUUGGAUGCUGCCGUCUUACGGAGGGUAAAAUCCGCCACGAAAGUUAGCGUCCCUACCAUUCUUGCAACGGCGACGGGGGCUGGACUAAGGAAAAUGAAUGAAAAGUUCCCUACCAAAGAUUCCCUGAGUGAAAAGCAGGUCGUGUUGGGGAUGAUCAACGCACUCUUGCCAUAUAAGGAUAUCCGACCGAAAAAUCAGUUUACCUUGACCCACUUUAACCUCCCGAUCGGAGAGAUGAGUUGGUACAGGAGGAUUCUUAAAGUAGACAAGGAGAUCAGAGGAAUACCAUUUGACCCCUCAUUUUUUCUGACGAGGUUCAUGUUCUCAUUUUUUGGAAGAUUUCCAGCCUGUGUAAUCCAAGCAUUGAUGGAGGAUGCUGGGAACCCUAUUAGUUUCAGUAACGUGCCAAUGACCAAGGAGGAGGUUUGUUUGUUUGACACUCAAGUUAAUCAUGUAUCUGGAUGGCCACCUCUCAUAACUGACACGGGCAUGGGCAUCAUCAUAAUGAGGUAUGCGCAACACAUUAGAUUCCUUGGGAUUGCCGAUGACGCAUGCAUUUCUGUCGAGGAAAUGAAGCAUUUCAUGUCGUGUGUGACAAAUGAGAUUCGCCAAAUGGCUGAUGACUGCUCAAAACAAUUGAAUAUAGAUAUUAUUACUCAUGUGGAUGUGGACAAAGUUGUGGUUCAGGUUUAAGAUAAUGUUACUGUAUUUAGAAGAGCCAAUAAAUGAGUUACAUAAACUGGUGUUAUCGUUAGAAAAUUGAAACAAAGAUAUAAAAAAAUCCCACCUAACUCAAACCGAGUUACUAAACGUAACAUAAGGUGAAUAAUUCAUGCAACUGACCUAUCUAAAUGGUAAAAUAAAGCUACAAGA